GGGGAAGGUAUAAGAGUAAAAGGGGACUGGGCCAUCUGCUACAGCAUUUCUUCUCGGACGACUCUUCUCCCUCUAUUUUUCCCUCUUUUCCCUCUUCCCCUCUUCAACCAUGCUAAAAACCUAACUUCAGAGGCGUUGGAGUCGUUGAGCACCAGCAGAUUUGAAGAACUUCAGGGUCGUCUCCAGCCGAGCUUCAAUCGCUGCUCGAGCCAGAAGUUUUGAGACUUCUGACAGCAAGAAAUAUCUGUCUUUGUGGCUUUCACUUGCUAUGGAUCCAGAGGCUGCACGGAAUGCCCGAGAAUCACUGGAACUGGCAUUUCAUAUGUCAAACAUUCUCGAGACAGGGCUUGAUCGCCACACCCUCUCCAUCCUCAUUACCCUAUGUGAUAUGGGCUUGAAUCCGGAGGCCCUCGCCGCACUUGUUAAGGAACUCCGUAGGGAACCCUCUUCAUCUCCCUCCACAACCACAAACCCAUCAUCUGCACCUUGAACAGGAGAAUGUUGAUGUUCAUGGUGGAAAACAGUCAGCUUGGGGGAACCCAUUGUUGUCUUGGCUGAAUAUGGAUUACUUCAGGCUGGUGUAACAUGCUUACAUAUUGAAAUGUUUUGGUGCUAUGCAUUCGUAUUUUGUAUUAAAUGUGGCUUAAAGAGGUUCUUGGAAGUGAGUUUAUGGGUUUUAUCUUAGCCAGACAUAACUGUAAUUUGUAUUUGUCAUAGACCAUUUGGUGUUUCCGUUAAGGGGCAGGGGAUGGAUUUUACUACUGAAUGUUUUGAGGUUGAAUUGUAAGUCAGUCAAAUGUGUAGGACUUAAAUAUUCAAUACAUACCUUUUUGCUGACAA